AUGGUAAGCAUGGCAGACACAACCAUAGAUUCAGGAACUAGCACUGCACAGCCAACAGGCAGCAGCGGAAUCAAAGAGAGGUUCUCAGCACUGUCUCAGACAAAGAAGGUCUUGUUCAUUAUUCUGCUGAUCUUAAUCAUCUCUUUUGGGAUUAUGUUUAACAUAUUUAUCUUCCAUUUGCUGUUCGGCGGAUCUUCUAGCUCCAGCUCCAGUGCAGGCAAAUCAACACUUUUGUCUGUGAGCAACAAAGCAACUGCUUCCGACCCUGCAGAUACUAGUAACUCAGCCACCGAUGCAAACAGCGCAGAGAACUCAGCUGUGGCAAAGGGGCCAAGCAACAAAACAGCCGGCAAGAGUGUUAAUAUAUCUUUUCUAAAAUCCAAAGCAAACAACACUGAAGAAGCUGAUAAAACAGAGGAAACCGAGGCUGCACAGAAGAAGAAGCCAGCAAAGGGGUCCAAAAAGAAAAAUAACUCCAAAAAAUCAGGAGUAUCUGUUGACAGCCAGAUGCACCUCCAGAACAUGCUGGGGCUCAAGGACGUUCGAUUGGUAAGCGCUAAAAGCAGCAAUUUAUUAGAUUCUCCUGCAAACUAA